UUAGACAAGUAACGAACAUUCGAGUUACUGGCGUCGUAUGCAACGCAAGUGUGCAUUGGUAAAGAAAAUAUUGUGAAAGACUAAGAAAAUGUCGAUUCGCAAACAUUUUGUGUUGGUAGUGUUUAGUGUGUGCGUUUAUGGCAGUUUGCAAUUGAUACCUUUGCCUGACUACAUCCAUCCAUGUUCAGAACUAAGUGACGAAUGUUUCACAAAAGCCACAAUGGAUGCUAUCCCGGGAAUAGUGAAGGGAAUCCCGGAGGCCGGGAUCCCGUCUUUGGAUCCACUCUACUUGGAGAAGAACAUCAGCAUGACGCUUCCCGGGAACUUGAAGAUGACCUUCCAUAAUGCUAAGCUGGUGGGAUUGAGUACCUGCAUACCGGAUAAAGUGUCAUCUCGUCGUAAGAAGCGCACGUUUGUGUUCGACAUGCACUGCAACUUCACAGUGAGUGGACAGUACAGUCUACUGGGCAGGCUGCUGCUCUUCAACCUGGAUACUGAUGGACAGGCCAAGAUCAAGAUCUACAACCAGCGUAUUCGCUUAGAGGUGAUAGAACGAGUGAUACUGAAGAAGAAUGGCGAGGGUCACUACAAGAUCAACUCAUACAAGUACAAGGCUGACUACGGAACAGACCUGAAGCUGAACCUAACAAACCUCAUCAGAGGAAACCCACAGAUCAGUGCGCAAGUACUUCAAGUCCUGAACGCUGAUUCACAGACGUUAGCCAAAGACUUCGGUGGUCCCAUCCUAGACUACGCCAUAGACUACGCUAUGAACGUCACACAGAAAUUCUUUGAUGCUUACACGUACGACCAAAUAUCUUACGUGCCUCUGACAGAAGACUUCUUCGAGAAGGAACAAGAAUAAGAGAGAAGAGAAGAUUUAACUUUAUUGGUUUUUAAGAAGUUAUAAACGUUAAAAAGUGUAUCUCAGUUUUUGAGCCGUUCUUUUAUAGUUGUCUCAUUUUAAGCUGAAUGCUCCAUAGCAUAUGAAAUUUAAUUUUUUAUAAAUGUUUCGCAAUUUACAGCUCCAUAUCCGAUACUAUGAUGAUAAUAUAUACAAGGUGUAGUUUUGAAACAGUGUCAUUUCUCGGGGGCUUGUCACAGAAGUCAUAAAGGCUUGAUAAAUAGCAUUCUAAGAUUGGAAGUACAGGGAAAUGUUAUGUGAUUGACUGACAUUCGAUUAAUUAUGUUAAAUGUCGCUUACCACCAGGCGAGAUAGAGGUCUAUCGUCGGCCCAUCAUUAAAAAAAGAUUAUAUAUAUUUACUAUUCAAUAAUGCCAUUGGCUUAGAGAGAGAGAUGUAGAGGUGAUUAACGUUUUUUUUUGCAUUAUGAAUUACCUAUAGUCAUGCUUUACAUAAUAUAAAAAAAAUAUACAAUUCACAGACGUCAAUAUUUUUACACAUGUUCAAAUUAAAAAUAACGCAGAACAUAAUUGUAUUGUGAUAGUACUUUAAUUUUAAUUAAGUUUAAUAUUAAAAUUAGUUAUAUGUAAGUUAGCUUCUAAGUUACGGCUUUUUCUUGGUUUUCCCAGCUCUUUUGGAGGUGGCUCUAAAUUAUAAAAAGAUUCGAGUGAAUAAUGGUCAGAACUUAUUUUUUUUUAAACAGAGCAAUUGCCAUGACGUGCCUUGCUUUUUCCCCAAAAACAAAAUGACAUUUAAUCACCAGUUCAACGAAUUAAUAGACAACUCAAAUUAUGUCUAAUUUUAACAAUGUAAAAUAGGUAGUAAUUGUAAUUUUCGUAAUAUUGCAUGCUAGAUGGCAGAAUGUAGUUGAUCAAAUUAUUCUAUAAUAACUACUGUAACAUCUACACUUGACCUAUAUUCACAAUAAACGAUUUGAAUUUGAAUUCAAGGUCAGAUUAUGUCAAUACUUGCAUCAAUCCGGACUUAGGCUUGUCUAUUCACUAGUGGGUGAAAUUAUAACCGAUACUUAAGCCAUUUGUUCUUUAAGAUUGGUUGUUGACAGUACCGUCUUUACCAUAAGGGCUCUCAGGGGGCCCCGAAGGCCCAAUAAUUUGUAUGACAGACAUACACCCACUACACGUUCCUCGGCAACCUGCUGCCUAGCUACGUGUAGCGGGUUCCUGCACGGAGCAAAUCUUUGUGUGAUCCACAAAUUGUUGUUUCGGGUCUGAGUGUCAUGUGUAUGUGAACUUAGAUGUUUGUAUCCUCGACACAGGACAUAGUCCUAGUGCAACAUUAAAAAAAGAAACAUCCCACAAGGGUAUAGCAUUCAGAGUACGGAAUAUAAAG